CGCAUAUACAGUAUUGGAAAAUUAGGCACCAUUUCUACUGACCUCCCAGAUCCAAACGAAGCAGCCGCUAUUAAUAAAUUUUACCGUUUAAAGGGAGUAAAUAAUUUUAGCUGUUGGAUAAGGCCGAACUACGUCGGCUUAGCGACGUUCCUUCCGAUCAGUAUUUUGAUCAUCGCUGAUUUCGUGAUCACCGCACUCUUGACGAAGGCGCUGUUCUGCACCAAUUCCGUCAGAAGGCAUAGCUCGAAAACAUCCCGCCGACGCACGAUGAUGGCUAAGGUGUUCUUGCUGGUGUCUACGCAGUUCAUCUUAGGAGCACCGUGGGUCAUUCAGUAUUUCACGAUCAACACCCCGUACGUGAACGGCGCCCGCUACGCGUUUACUGUCAUCAACGGAUUGCAGGGUUUCUGGAUAAGCUCCAUCUAUUUCAGCACCUACGUAGUGUUCCUCGUGCAGAAGAGUCGAAAGUCGAAAAGCGCUCCAAUUCGUACCAUUACGUUUGUGACGAUGACAACCUCGUCGGCGAAAUAG